CGAACCUCUUUAUCUCUUCUCUCUCUCUAUUAACGUCAACCUCAACUGCCAAUAAGCAAUAAAAUUCUGUCAUUGUGCCAGUACUUGUACGAUUUCCGAUUCGUUCUCUAAACUCUGAGAAGUCACUCAUUUUCAGCAAAAUUUCCAGUAUUCCCACUUAGACACCUCAUUUCUCACCGACCAAAUCAAAAAAUUAAGAAAUGGCAGCCCCAAUUGUUAUUGCCGCAACCGCUAAACACACAGCCACGUUAAUUUUUUUACACGGUUUGGGGGACACAGGCCAAGGGUGGGCCAGCGCCAUGGCUGCCCUCAGACCACCCCAUGUGAAGGUGAUCUGCCCCACGGCCCCCACCAUGCCGGUGACUCUGAACGCGGGCUUCCGGAUGCCCAGCUGGUUCGAUUUGCGGACGCUUGAUGCCUCAGGCCCUGAAGACGAAGAAGGGAUUAAACAGGCCGCUAAACAGGUGCACUCAAUGAUAGAUAAUGAAAUUAAGGACGGUAUUCCGGCUGAACGAAUAGUUGUGGGGGGUUUCUCGCAAGGGGGCGCUCUCGCGCUGUAUUCGGCGCUUGUGUACCCCCAGCAAUUGGCCGGGGUUGUGUCUCUAUCGGGGUGGUUGCCCUUGCAUAAGAGCUUUCCCGGUUCCAUGAAAACUUCAAAAGAUUUACCGAUUUUGCAGUGCCAUGGAGAUUGCGACCCCGUGGUGCCCUUCAAGUGGGGCCAAAUGACCGCGUCUGUCCUUAAAACCUUACUUAAAGAACCCGAAUUUAAGUCCUACCGGGGACUUAUGCACACGUCUUCAGAUGAAGAGCUGCGUGAUAUAAAAGACUUUAUUGACAAGCAACUUCCUCCACAUUAACUUAAUUUUCAAUUUUAUUUGCUGUAUAUAAUUUGUCCAUCUGAUGGAACAUUCCUGUUAAUGAUCAAAAACAGUUCUGUUGUAAAUAAAAAAAAUCAGUGUUUAGUGUAUUAGUUGGAAAUUCUUAGGACUGUUGCAUCAAAUUCUAGGCAAUUGCACUUUGUUAGAUUUUGUACUCCAAAUCUAGAACUUCCACAUUGUUCGCAUUUUAACUGUUGCGACUGUUUAAAGUAGUGGAUCGCUUAACAGUUCUUGAAUAGUUGUAAGGGAUAUUUUGUAACUUUCUAAUCAUCAUGGAGUACAAAAUGAGAACUCGGAACCUCCUCUAGAUUCUGUUUAUGGAAAUAUGCAUCUUUUACGUGAAAUAAUUAAUAUUGUGUAUAACGUAAGUACAUUACAAAAAAUUGUAUACCAAACAUCCAGACUUCACAUAAUACAAUAUUGAGAAGUA